AAAAGUACGAAAGUUGGAGCUGCCCUUUUUCCAAUAAUAUGUACUGUUCGCACUGUGAUAGUCAAAGUAUUCAGGAUGGUUGGUUGGCCUGUCCUUCUCUCUACUUUCUCGUUAAAAGUACGAAAGUUGGAGCUGCCCUUUUUCCAAUAAUAAAUGUGUACUAUACGCACUGCACACUCCAGUGAUAGUAAAGGUCUUCAGGAUGGUUGGUUGGACAAUCUGGUUCUAUGGGGAAGGAUGCACUGUAGUGAUAGUAGGCAUGUGUCAGUAAUGGUGCUGGCCGAUGUCACAUGCAGGUACUCCCCUGGCUGGCCACAUAGAGGACCUGCUGAGGCUGAGAGAGAUCGCUACAGACUAUGAGAUGUGGCUACAUGUACAAGGCCAUGCUCUGUCUUCUCUGUGUCUUCCUAUUGAAGAGGCUCGAGUACAGAUAGCCAGACAGGCAGACAGUCUGACACUGUGCCUUGGGACUUGGUUUGGUCUUCUCAGCAGCCCAUGGAUUACCCUACACACCACACCCACCGUCAUUGACAUUGAGACUCUGCCCACAUCGGGACCGUUUCCACCAGAGGGAACUGAACUGGAGGAGGGAGCCAUUCCUCUGCCGGGAGUGAGCUGGUCGGCCAUGCAGCCGCAGGGACCUGGCCGCCUCCUCUCCCUCCCUCUCUGGAUGAGUCUCCAGUUCCUUGGUAGCAAGACCCUGAUAGAGACGGUCACCUACUGCAGCAAUUUGACGGAGCACAUGAUAGCCAGACUGGAGGAGGUUCCUGGUGUCAGGAGAUUUGGUGUCCCUAACCACAAGUCCUACGUGGUUCUGUUCAAGUACUAUGGCGGAGGAGAGGUGGACUAUUUCGAGGUGGCCAGGAACUUUGGGGCCCAAGGACUCAGUCGCUGGACCUACAUCUACUGAGGAACCCGGUGACCACAGCAGAGCAGAGGAAGAGGUGGAAGAUGGUGGAGGAGGAGGAGAUACAGAGGGUGGGGGAGAGGAAGAAGAGAGAGGGGAGGUGGGUGGAGGAGAUGGUUGCAGUGAAGGACUAGAGAUGGGGACUGUGGAAGUUGGAGACGAUCAACCUCCACCACCACCACCUCCAGUAGCAGCUGCAGCAGAAGCAGCAGAGGAGUCCCAGCCGCCGACACAGUUGGUGGUGGAUCCUCUCCCUCUUCCCACUGCCAAUGUCACCAACAUGAUGAUAGCCAAGGAGCUCUACCAUUUCUUCCCCAAAGUUGGGAUCACCACUCUCAAACUGCCCGGAGAUGGCCUCUGCUUCAAGUUUGAUCCCAUCCACUCGUUCCCUGAGCACAGUACUUCCAUUGAAGACGUGGAUUCUUUCAUAGACGCCCUAAAACAGAAAGCGCUAUCACUGCACACCACGUCUCUACUGAGAUGUCUGGUGGAGUCAACUCUACGAGGCCAGCCCAACCUUCGCUGCCUCGAGUUCCCUUCUUUCUUUGCCGGAGGAUUCAUCCAGUAUGUUCCGACUGACUGGGCCACCAAGGUGGAGCUGACUCUGGAAGAGGUGAACAAACUCAACAAACUGAAUCUGGAGCUGGCGUCCGACCUGGCCACCAGGGACCCCGUCUACACUCCGUUCCAGCAUGGGAACUUCACCUGCAUCAUGAUCAAAGAGCUGCCUCCUGGCACAAACAUCAGUGGGUUCCUCACCGGACUACUGACAAAGACGAGGGAGUUUGAAGAACACAAGAAGUUCCUGGACGGGAUGUCUCAGAAGAUCGUGAAAGGCAUAGAAGAGGCACAGAAAGACAUCCACAAUGAAAAACAGAAGAAAGAUGGAGAGCAAGGGUUCUUACACAGUAUCCCUGUGGUAGGGUCCCUGUGGGGCUGGUUUGCUCCACCCACACCCACCACACCGGAGGGAAGAACGUUCAAUCUUUCACAGGGUAAAGUGAAAACAACAGGAGAGAUCUAUAAACACAAGAUGCAGGUCAACGAAACGUCGCAACCAGACAUGUCUGCUUCUCUCGCCGCACUGCCAUCACUCAAAGACACAGAGUCUGUAGCUUCUGAUGUGUCCUCUGCUGCUGUACCUGCCAUGCCAUCGCUGGAGCAAGGUGAUGGGGACUCUUCCUCUGAACAUCAGCAUCAGACAGAAGGGGAGGUAGAGGUGGCCGGAGGAGAGGGAGGAGAUGGUGGAGGGGAAGAAGAGAGGGUGGGGACUGAGACAGAGGCAACCAAGUCUGGAGGCGGAGGAGAGAGCACAAGUCAGCCACAGAAUCCAGAGCAAUAGACCUACAAUUAUGAACUAUUUUCGAUUUUUUGUGCUGUCUCAAUCCUCCCACUGUGGCAUGCGCAUGCUUCUAGUUAUUAUACGUGUGAGAAGCUGGGCAUGACAAGUGCAGAGGUAGGGUCUAGCUGUGGAUAUGACUGUAGACAAUGCUCAUGUGUGCUACGUGGGUUAAUUAAUGGGAGCACAAUGCAUCUUUAGCGAGUGAAUUCAA